AUGCCUACCAUUGCCGUCGACAAGUAUGAGCUCUUCAAGGAGCUGGGCGAGCAGUUCACUGCCGACACCUUCCAAGACCUCUGCUUCGACUUCGGCAUCGAGCUCGAUGACGACACUGAGGACGACCCGGCGCGGCCCAAGGACCAGCGCCCGGAGCUCAAGAUCGAGAUCCCCGCCAACCGCUACGACAUGCUCUGUUUCGAGGGUAUUGCCCUGCACCUGAACAUCUUCCGUGGCAGGCAGGGAAUCCCCAACUACCGUGUGCUCGACAUCCCCGAGGACAAGAUGCAGUCCAUCACAGUCCACAAGGAGACCGCCGAGGUCCGGCCCUAUGUCGCCGGCGCCAUUCUGCGGAACUUGCACUUCACCCAGGACACCUAUGACUCCUUCAUCGGCCUGCAGGACAAGCUGCACCAGAACCUGGCAAGGCAGAGGACACUCGUCUCCAUCGGCACGCACGAUCUCGACACUAUUGAGGGGCCCUUCACUUACGAGGCCCACCCCCCCAGGGACAUCAGCUUCGUCCCGCUGAACCAGACCAAGAAGAUGAACGGCGAGGAGCUCAUGAAGUUCUACGAGACGGACAGGCAUCUGGGCCGCUACCUGCACAUCAUCCGCGACUCUCCAGUAUACCCGGUCAUCUACGACUCCAAGAGGACCCUGUGCUCCCUCCCUCCCAUCAUCAACGGCGACCACUCCAAGAUCACCCUCGACACCAAGAACGUCUUCAUCGAGAUCACUGCUACCGACCAGACCAAGCUCGACAUCGUGUGCAACAUCAUGGUGGCCAUGUUCUCCAAGUACUGCAAGGACGAGUUCACCGUCGAGCCCGUCAAGAUCAUCUCCGACCACAACGGCUGUACCCGUGUCACCCCCAGCAUGACUGUAAGGACGUUGGACGUCGAGGUGGACUACAUCAAUGCAUGCUGCGGCAUCAACGAGUCUCCGGAGCAGUUGUGCAAGCGCCUGAACAGGAUGGCUUACACUGCCAAGCCCAGCGGUGACAAGAACAUUAUCAAGGUCGCGGUCCCUCCCACGCGAGCCGAUGUGCUGCACCAGUGCGAUGUGAUGGAAGAUGUCGCGAUCGCCUACGGCUUCAACAACCUGCCCCGCUCAUCGCCGCACAGGUCCGCCACCAUCGGCCAGCCCCUGAUGAUCAACAAGCUGAGCGACAUCGUCCGCACCGAGAGCGCCAUGUGCGGCUGGACCGAGGUCCUCCCGCUGAUCCUCUGCUCCCACGACGAGAACUUUGGCUGGCUGAACCGCGAGGACGACGGCAACACGGCCGUCAAGCUGGCCAACCCCAAGACCGCCGAGUACCAGGUCGUGCGCACGUCCCUGCUCCCGGGCCUGCUCAAGACCAUCCGCGAGAACAAGAGCGUCGCCCUGCCGCUCAAGGUCUUCGAGGCGGCCGACGUCGUGCUCAAGGACGAGUCGCUCGAGCGCAAGGCCCGCAACGAGCGCCGCUUCGCCGCCGCCUUCUACGGCAAGACGAGCGGCUUCGAGGUCGUGCACGGCCUGCUCGACCGCGUGCUCGCCAUGCUGCGCGUCGCCUUCCUCACGCACGAGGAGGGCCUGUCGGGCAAGGGCGCCGACUACGAGGUCCGGGAGAACCCGUCCGAGAGCGACGGCUACUUCAUCGAGGAGAUCGACGAGCCGACCUUCUUCGCCGGCCGCGCCGCCGCCGUCUACGCCCGCCUCGGCGGCAAGACGAGGCGGAUAGGCGAGCUGGGCGUCCUGCACCCCAGCGUCCUGGAGAAGUUUGAUCUGAAGUAA